UUAACGGCCCCUGCCACGUGAUCGCGGAGAGCCCGACAGGGGCCAAUAGGAGCGCGCCGAGGAGUUGGGCGGUGCUCCAUGCCCACCCAAGGGCAGAGUGCCAGGGCAGGAGCUGCCUUUGGCCACGAGAGCCCCUUUGCCGUAUCCUCCGUGGAUGGGCAGAGGACAGAGGGGGUGGGAGCUGAGGAAGCAGCGUGGGCCAAAGGACAUGCUGGCCGCCGCCUCCCAUCACUCCCCUUGACCCAGAAUGGCAAAAGAUAAAGAUCAUCAGCAAUCCCUAGCCUGUCGUUGUUAAUGGGAAUUGAUCACUUGGUUUCUGAAUGCAGUCCCAGCCAGCGAAGUAUGAAGCAGAGAUGCCUUCUCUUUUAUGGGGGUUGGAUCCUGUUUUUUGUGCAUUUGCAAGACUCUACAUUAAGGAUAUAAAGGAAAUGAAAGAAUCUAAGCAGGUUCCAGGUAUAUUCUUUUAUAAUGGACAUCCAGUAAGACAGGUGGAUGUUGUUGGGACAGUGGUUCUAACAAAAGAACGAGAUGCCUUCUAUAUAUAUGGAGUGGAUGACAGUACUGGGGUCAUAAACUGCAUUUGCUGGAAAAAUCCCAUGGAAGUAGAGAAGUCUUUGUCAGUACCUGGCACAUCUUGCAGCCAUGAUCUACUUGAACAGAUGAAGAAGCUCCAGGAGGAGAUGCUCCGAAAAACAAAGCUGGAAAUUGGGGAUAUUGUCAGGGUCCGAGGUCAUGUCCGAAUCUACAGAGAGAAGCGAGAAAUCCAGGCAUCCAACUAUUAUAAAGUGAAUGAUCCUGCGUGUGAUGUUCAGAUUUCAAGGAUGUUGAAGUUGCCAUGUCUCUACAGAGAAGUUUAUGAUAAGCCUUUCAAAAUCCCAGAGGAAGCACAGAGUGCCUCAGGUGGUGUGAACUUUACCAGCUCAAUUGCAAUUGACGUGUUGAGUGAGAAAGUGAAAGAUUUCCUAUUGGAGAACAGAAUUCAGACCUUUUACCAACAGGAGCUGGAAACAGUUGAAUCCUUGGUGUCACUGGCCAGUCAGCCUCUCUUCAGGACUACCUCUCAGCAAAUGGAUUCAAAAAGCGAAGCCAGCUCCAAACUGAUACACAGUGCGUUCAAACAAGCAAUAGAGGUGCUUCAGGAAAAAGGAGUGGUUUUCCAGAAGUCAAACCUCCCCAAGGACUUGUAUCAUGUGACUGACCAGGAUAAGGAGUUAUACAGCAUGACCCUUAGUAUCGUCAAAGCAGAUUGUCGAAAACCCAGGCAUGCUGAAAAAGGCUGCCAUUUUCUUCACAUCCUGUCUUGUGUUCGCCAGAGCUACAGUCCUUAUCUAAGUGAAGCGGUGAUGCAUCAUGUUGUGAAUCUGCUGGAAAGAAACAGUGAUAUUGUUAGCACCAUGGAAGGAUACUAUAUGACUUUCUGAAAAAAAGAAAUAAAAUGCAGAACAUUGGUUUGUGGGUGGUGCAGGCAGAAGAAAAUGUAACCCACUAACCAUAUUUCCAGGAAAGAAUAGAAAGGACUUGACAAUGACACUGAAGAGCCAGCUUUGUGUAGAAUAUAAAUUGGAGGAGGAAAAGAGAAUGUUGGCUUAAAAAAUCCUAUUGGUUCCACCUGACUGGUUCCUUGAAAAAAAUACAAGCCUUGCACUUUG